CACGUGCAGUGCACAGUUUCACCUGCUAUAAAGAGAAAAGCAUAUAGAGAGAGGGUUAUAAAGAAGUUAGAUUCAGUUAAUUGCAUAGACAUGUAUAACCUCUAGCAAGGGAUGAGAAUACCUUAACCCAACGACACAUCCAGCACAAUGGGUAGGACUGGCAUGUUUGGCGCCUCAGGCUGGCUCUCUACCACCAGAGCAGGUCACUUCACAUCCUAUACAUCCAAGAGAGAAAUCAUCUCUUUAUACACAUUGCUAAGGCUCUGUGAUUUAGUCUACCACUGGAAUAACAUUGUGACCUUGACUGAAAUAGCUACGGUAUCAACAAUGUCCUAUAUAUCUCCUACUUUAAUGUCAUCGCUAAUUAUAGGAACAAUGGCCCUCCCUGCCUUAUGAGUGAUAGUCACGCGGCGUUCUGCCUGCGCCGUGCUUCCCACGCUGUGAAGAAGGAGGACGUUUACAGUAUUGGACCACAUAGCGUAAUCUGCGCAUUGUAAUUACCCUGAUUGAUGAGCACUCAAGAACCUGGGCUCGUUUGAGUGGUAAGGCGAAUGUAACCGACUGUCAAAAGUCGGACACUACCCACAGGACACAGACCUCAAUUCAACUCCACGUUGGUUCAAAUGAUGUAGAAGCUAUGGGCAAUGCCUACAAAUAAUUUGUUCCUUUAACAUGGUGGGAUCAGUUUGCGCCUGUAAAAAUAAUUAUGUGAGAAAUGGCGGAGGUAACCCAUUUAACUUGUAUUUUUUAUCCGUUACAUUGACAUUUUACUGCAAAAGUAAUGUUUAUGUGCGCUACGUCAUCAUGCACAGCCUUUUAUCUGCAACAAAUCAAUUUGAUAGAAACACAUCUCUGGUAGGAAAAUGCACAUACUGUUUUUAUGCAGAUUUUCGAACAUUCACAUUAACAUCUGUCGCCAAUUGAACGCAAACCUAGUUACUGAUGUGGUUUUCCAACAGCAAGGCUCAGUGCAACAUGGCAGAAGUGUUGCCAGUAACCACGUUUCCAUCCACAGUUUUUAUGGUAAAAAUACUUAAUGACCUUUGAUCACAUGAACUUUGUAAAAUUCAUGCAGUCAACAUGUAGGUGCAAGUCAGGCAAUUUUUAUCCUAGUAAUGUAAUACACUUUGAAAGGCCGUGAACUUCACAAAAGUGAUCCACUCGAACGCGCCCCCUGUGAUGCAAUCCUUUGAAGAGGCAUAAAAACUGCAUGCACCGACUAGCUACAUCUAAUCACAGAAUCGAGUUGAAUAUAAUAGAAUAACUGUUUGCGCAAUAAUACAUAAGAUCAAUUCACAAACUGCAUUGAUUAUGUUUAUACUAAACAUAAAUUGUAAAUUUAUUACUUUCCUAAAUAGACAGAAAUGCACUUGCCAAUGAGCUCUUCAGACAGCAAUAACAGGACAACAUCAACUGCCCUUACUGAAGACAGAUCUGACUGUGCUUCUGGUUGUGGCAUCAUGACAUGAUAAUGACAAUGCAAGAUUAAACAAAACUGUUUUGUGCAAUGAAUUCCAUCCCAUUCUUACCCAGUGGUAGUGGUUAUUUUUGACACAAGGUGGCGCCAAAGUCUGUCCAUACCAUACAAUUAGGAAUUAGACACAUUUUAUAGGAUCUCUAUGGUCCACACACUCAACAGGGGAAUAGAUUAUUGAGUGACGUCACCUCGGGUUGUCGUUCUAUCAGUUGUGCGCGCUAUUCCACUCCACUGUUUAUUGCUCCACCAGUGCAGGGAGCAGACGGACAGAUAUGAGCGCGCAGAGAUAAACUAUAUUUGGAUGUAUGAAUAUAUGGAUGUGGUCGCUGCGCUAGGAUUAUGCCAUAUUUGUACAUUCAAGAGGUCUAGAAGGGCCACAGUCCUGUGGCCAUCCAGUCUGCCACCUUCACCUUUGAAGAGGGUGCCAAUGCCAACCUAUUAGAAAGGAUUAACCAGAAUUUGCCACCUCACAUAAAGAGGUGAGAACAUCCCAUUGCCAUGGGGAACCAGCUGACCGAGAUAGCCCCCAACACUCCUUUCCUGCAAAACUUCCAGUCCUUACACGUUGUGGUGAUUGGCCUGGAUGCGGCUGGCAAAACCUCUCUGCUCUACAGACUGAAACUCAAGGAGUUUGUCAAGACCAUCCCGACCAAGGGCUUUAACACGGAGAAGAUCAAGGUAGCGGUGGGCAGCUCGCGGGCCAUCACCUUCCAGGUCUGGGACGUAGGGGGCCAGGAGAAGCUACGGCCCCUCUGGAAGUCGUACACGAGGCGGACCGAUGGCAUGGUGUUCGUGGUGGACUCCACCGAGACCGAACGUAUGGAGGAGGCCAAGGUGGAGCUUCACAAGAUCACCCGUACCUCGGAGAACCAGGGGGUGCCCGUCCUGGUGCUGGCCAACAAGCAGGACCUGGCCUCAGCUCUGUCUGUGAAUGAGGUGGAGAAGGCCCUGGCUGUCCAUGAACUGAAUGCCUCCACACUGCACCAUGUACAGAGCUGCAGCGCCGUGGAUGGACAGGGCUUACAACCAGGCCUAGAGAAACUCUACGAGAUGAUCUUGAUGAGGAAGAAGAUGGUGAAACACAACAAACAUAGAAAGAGAUAAGCCUUUGGUUGUCCUGAGUUACAGAGAUAUUUAUGUACUGACUAUGUAACUCUUUGAGCAGAAGUCCCGCCCCUUUAAAUAAAAAGGAGGGCUUUUUGGCCAACAAAGAUGGCCCAGGGGACAGGAGAAAUGGAUUUGGCCUUUAUGUGACAUGCAGUAUUGAUACACUGUGUCUUUCAUACCUUGUAUUAGCCACACAGCUGCCAUUUGGAUGCAAGAAAUAUGUAAUAGCCACAACAGAAUGUAGCUGCCUAUGACAUAUUUUAUCACACAAAGUUGGACUCACUUGUUUGCACCACAACACAUUAGGAAUAUGAUACUGAACUUUGAACUCUGUACUCUGGAUUUACAUGACACAUUUACAUUAUAUGAAGCUAAAUGGUAUAGAUAUCAAAUGGGACACCAAGGCUAUUACAGUAUUAUUAUUAUUAUUAUUAUUAUUAUUAAUACUUUUUUAUUCCAAGUGCAUUGCACUUAUACCACAGAGGUUAAGUUUCAGUUGGAUUCACACUGUUUUCAGAAGUUGUAAACUGUUUGUAACACUGAAUAAUUAAUAAAUCAGCACACUGUGUUAAA